AUGGCAGACGUGCAGAGAAGAAGGGGUCCUCCGCCGCCGCCGCCGCCGGCGGGAAGGGGUCCGCCGCCUUCUCGCAUUGAGCCUGUCGACCGUGAGAAGACUUGCCCGUUGUUGCUUCGUGUUUUCACCAAGGUGGGAGGUCAUCAUACUGAUGAUGAUUUCGCGGUGAGGGGCAAGGAACCGAAAGAUGAGGUCCAAAUUUACACCUGGAUGGAUGCUACUUUACGUGAAUUAACUGAUCUGGUUAAAGAAGUAGCUCCAGAAGCAAGAAGAAGAGAUGCUGUUCUGUCUUUUGGUUUUGUUUAUCCCGAUAAACGUGGUCGGUUUGUGGUUAGGGAGGUGGGGAGAACAUUUUCUUACCCUAACGCGCGGCGACCUGAUAGUGGAAACAAAGCCUUGGGUGAUCUUAGUUUUCAGAUAGGUGAUUACUUGGAUGUGGCAAUCCUAAACCAAUAG